CGACGACCUAAUGUGUUACCGUGUUUGUUAAGAUGCUCUAAGCAAAGCGAGGAGGAACCUGCGAAUCCCAAAACAGUCAAAUCUGUCCUCCAAAGACUCAGCGAGAGAGAGAGGGAGAGAGAGAGUCGGAGGCGCAGAGGACGAAGCUUCAGCGAAAUGGCAGAGAAGGGUGCAGAGGAAGCGGCCGCGGCCGUGGACGUCGCCGUACCCGAAGGCGCCUCCAUUGCCUCCGGCGAUAACACUGUCUGGACUGACGUGUCACUCCUCCUCGAAGCCGCAUGCGAAGAUCUUCGAGAUGGUGAGCUCAUUCAUGGAGAUAAUUUCAAUCUUUUUGCUGCCAUGUCUGCUUUGGAGAUAAUGGACCCGAAGAUGGAUUCUGGUAUGGUUUGUAAAUACUACUCUGUUGAUGAAGCCAUUGAGAAUGGUGCUGCUCCGGUUCCUAUUAGCUUUUACAAAACUGUUGAUGUUCAAUGCACCAUUGACAUCAUGGACUAUCUUCUAGCAUGUGAGGCUACGUGGCACAAGGGUCACUCAUUGGCACAAACUGUCUUCUCUUGUAUCUAUCUUUUGAGGCCUGAUAGGACAUCUUCACAUGCCUUGCUUCAUUCUUACUGCAGAGUCAUACGUGCUACCUGCAAGGCAGUUAUUUCAGUUGUCUCAGAUGCACGUACACAUGAAGAAGAGGAUCUAUUUACAAUGGCAUACGGCCUUCCUUUGGAUGGGGAUGGAGAUGAAAAGUGCUUAUCGUUGCUAAAUGCCGUUGAAGAAACAAUUUCUCGCCAAUUGCGUGCUUGCAAAGCCCAUUCAUCAAAAAGAAGAGUGCUAGAAGAUAUAGAGCCAUUACAAGAAAAUGUUGAUCUGGAAGAAGGCUACUGCAAAGCCUUGUUAUGCCGUUUACGCUUUCGUAAGCAUUUUUACCAUGUUCUUACGUCUAUGAGGCGGCCUCAAGGGAGAGGUUUGGAGUUGGCGAGGAAACAUAUAGCCACCUGCAUAUCAGAGCUAGAAUGCAUUCGUAAAUCAGCAGAAUUUCUUAGAUCUAUUGCCUGUGGAGCUUGUGAUGAUGACACAGAAGAUAGAACAACUGCUUCAGGUUGUCAACCAAUUGGAUUUGAUGCUAGCUUAAAUUGUAGAUUAUCUGCUCCUACUCCACCACGCACGAUUAAAAUUCUUUCUUGGAAAAUGGCCAUUGAUUAUUUUGUGAAACUUCUUCAUGAUCUAGACAUUAUAUGUUCCUACACGUUGGACCCAUUGUUAGAAGGUGUUUUGCACUUUGUGGUUCAGUUCCAAAAGUCUCAACCUGAUUUGGUUGCAAGAGCUCAUCUCCAGCUUCUGCUUGUUCAAGAUGGGAAACUGUAUGGGCGGGAUUCUAUGUUUGCUGUGAUCACCAGAGCUGCAGCAUUACCCGAGGUUACAAAGAAUCAUGAUAUUCAGAAUAAUGAAUAUAUUGGACAACUAGGACAGUUAGUGAUUAAUAAGCUCAAAGUUCUUUGUACAAAUUCUGCAUGGCAGAGGCGUAAGCUAGGGAAAAUGCUACAAGAUUGGCGUGUUAUCUAUGUACAGCUAGAGCUGGCAUUUAGAAAGGAUUUUGGAGACGUCUUGAGCAGUCCGGAUGACGAGAAUGUAUGCAUGAAAAUUUUCCAACAUAUCCUCCUUUGGGUAGAGGAGCAAACAUACUGGAUAGCUUCCCGUUUUCUUAUAUUGGGUUUUGAGUUGGAGCUCUAUUCCCCGAGUGAAUAUUGCAUGGUAUACUGGUAUAUGUAUGUUGUCUUGAUCAAGCUUGCAGAGAAAACACAUCUUAAGAUGGCGGCAAGGAAUGACACUAAUAAACGAAAGGGAAAGAAAAAAAGGGAUUCCCUAAAGGAUGUGGCAAGAGAAUAUCGAAUCCCACCAGCAGUCCUGUUUGUUCAAUGCCAAAUUUGUCUCGUUGAGGGGCUCACAAUGAUGCUUGCUGCUUUGAGGAAUGAAAACAUGAUCUUACAAAGUCCAAAUCCUUUUAAUACAGAGCAGGAGAGAUUUUUCCAGCACUUUGAACUUUUGCAAAAAGCUUGUGUUCCUGAUCACAUCUCAUACCCUGCAUUCGACGAAUCGACAACAUAUGCUCGCAUCUCUACCCUGGUUAUGUAUAAUUACUUUAAAGAUGCUCAGAGAAUUGCAAAGGAGGUCAAGAGUAGUUUUACCAAUGACCCUGACAAAUUGGCUGAACUCAGAAGGAUAGAGCAAGUGGCAGAGCACAAUAGCAUUGCCCUAAAUGUCAUUUGUCAGGUAGGAGCCCUCGACCCCAAGCUGAAGGUUUCUUUUGAAUUCAGCCACCAUCCUUACUUUGCCACUGCCGUUGUCAAGAGAUCUUGAAGGUGCCCUUCUAUUGAUUUCCACCAAUUUUGAAACACUCCACAGGAUUCAGAGGCAACUGGGUCAUGCGGUAUAGUGCUUGGUAACAUUAUUAGUUGUUCAAUCAUAAUUGUUUAUUACAUUUAUAUUGUAAUUUUGAAUAAGAAACCAAUAAAAAGAACAUUGUUUAUGUACAA